AUUUCAAGAGGGGCUGUACGAUUAAAAUAUAUUUGAGGAGUAUAGCCGCCCGGCUGUACUGCUCAGUGUCCCUUAGCCAAGAUGUUGGAGAAGAUAGGGUUGCCGGCAAAGCCAUCACUGAGAGGGAAUACUUGGGUUGUUGACGCCUCACACGGUCAGGGAUGUACUUCUCAGUUCACCUUCAUCAAUCGCAAGCAUCAUUGCCGGAGGCGUGGGGGCUUGUUUUGCAACAGCUGCACCCAGCCAAAAAUGUUUUUACGCGGGCAAGGUGAUUCACCUGUGCGGAUUUGUGAGCAUUGUGAAAAUCUAGAAGAAGCAGCACGCUUUGAGAGACACGGCCACAAAACUAGAGCUGGGAGAGGCAGUCUGAAGUUGACAUCAAAGCCUGAGGAUGAAGUUCUGAACCAACUUCUCGGUAAUGAUAGGAAGGAAUCAGGACAAGAGUAGUAGUGCAUCUGUUCAAAUA